GCAGAAACGUGCUGUCGGACACCCUGAAAGCAACAAGCUUGACUGGACCAAACGCUCCUUACUGCAGUGCCUUGCUCUCAGCACUUUGACGGGAAUAGCAACAAAACGAGGUUAUUCAUCCUCACGAAACGUUGGUCUGAAGUGAACUGGAGGAAGGAAGAUGUCAGCUGUUUAUAAAGACGAACAGGAGGACUGGUUGACGGUGUGUCUAAAGUACCUGCUCUUUGUUUUCAACUUUCUCUUCUGGGUGGGUGGAGCUGCUGUUUUGGGUGUUGGAAUCUGGACACUAGUGGAGAAGAGUGACUACUUGAGUCUGCUGGCGUCCAGCACUUUUGCUGUCUCGGCAUACAUCCUAAUCCUGGCUGGCGGCCUGGUGGUGGUUACAGGCUUCUUGGGGUGUUGUGCUGUCAUCCGGGAACAGAGAAGCUGUCUGUCCACGUAUUUCUUCUGCCUGCUGUUCAUCUUCUUGAUUGAACUGGUGGCUGGAGUACUUGCUUAUGUAUACUACCAGAGGCUGAGUGAGGAGCUGAAGCAGCAUCUCAACCAAACUAUGACAGAGAACUAUGCCCAGCCCGGGAAGGAGGACAUCACAUUAGCUGUGGACAGACUACAACAGGAUUUCAAGUGCUGUGGCAGCAACAACUCCCAUGAUUGGAUAGUGAGUGUGUACAUCUCGUCAAAGCAGGCAGAAGACAGAAUUGUGCCUGACAGCUGCUGUAAAACCAUCACCCCUCACUGCGGCAAGAGAGAUCACCCCUCCAACAUCUACAAGGUGGAGGGUGGAUGCAUCACUAAGCUGGAGCAGUUUCUGGCAGACCACCUGUUGGUCAUUGGUGCUGUGGGAAUAGGAGUAGCCUGUCUGCAGCUGGCUGGGGCAGCCUUGACAGCCUGCUUUAUCUAUAUGCUCUAUAAAGAAGAGGAAGAGGACUUCGGUACAUUGUGAUUUAGCUCUAGAGCAUCUUUUGUGGUUUAAUCAACUGAAGAGACAAGAUCUGUGGGAUGGUGUUCACCUGCUGUUUAUACAGAAGGAUCAAGAUGGACCCUUACUGAGCAGACCUGGCCCCCAACACACCACCUUCAACAGGCAGUUGGAGCAAUGACCUACUGAAACCUAACUUCAACCUCUGAUUUUUGAACUCUGACCUGGUGAUCUAAGCCAAAUGCUCAGACAUGUUUCAGGUCACCUACAUUGCAGUCAGAAACUUAUUGUGCCAUUGAACAGCCAGGCUGAUCUUUGGUUCCUUCUGUACAGUAUUAGACUGAAGUUAUAAUGUUCUUCAAUCCAGGCUUAUACAUUCCUGAUACCUGACGGAGAUCUAGGCUUCCUGGAGCAUCAUGUCUGGUUGCAUCGUUGCCUUGGUUGAGAUGCAUGCUUUCGUUUGAGCAGGACUGAAGAAAGGGCAGUCCUUACUCAUAUUGCAUUCUACUCAACUAAUGAUGAUGCAAAUUGAUUUAUCAUGUUUUCACUAUGCAGAAUUAUAUAAUAGGGUUUUCUGGCCAUUCCAGUGCUUAAGUAAGCUGAGUGAGAGCACCAUGUACACUGGUGUCACUGUUGAAUGAUCAUAGGUAACUUACAGUUGUAUAUUUUGUAAACACAAUGUGCCUCUUUCACAAUUCUGCUGAUAAAUGAUUAUGUAUUAAUUCUGCACCUGGAAUCUUUAAAGAGAGCUGGUAAUACACUGUGAUAAACAGCAGCAAAGGAAAUAUAGUUUACUAUCUUUAUUUUUGUAGUUAUGUCUGUAUUACUGACAAUAGCACUAAACUUUGAACUGUAUUGUGGUUGAGAUUAACUGAUCAAUACUGGUAAUAUUUAGGUGAAUGGCUAUGAACAUUAGGACAUUUCCAGACAGCUCAAUAACAAAACUGAAAGUCCUUUUGGUUUCUAGAUUCCUGAAUUUUUGACUCCACCUAGUGGCUGUCAAUGAGCAUAUACUCUACUAAGUGCUGUAUUAUUACCAUGUGCUGCACAUUCGUUCUGAUACCAUAUUAUGAAAUUCUGAAUUUAUGAUAUAUAAAAAGGAGAUAUUUAUCUUGAUGUGUGAUGCUAAUGUAUGCAUUUCAUAUGGUAAUUUUAACAUGAACAGAUUUCACUCUCUGUGAAUAUAAGAUUUAUUUCUACACUUUCCUCAACACACUGAGGUUUCAUUCCCUGCAGUGAAGAAGUUGACCUUUCUGUUAGCCAAAGAAAGCAGGGACUAUAUUGUUUUCACUGCCCAAUCUAUCUCUUCAUUCCUUUUGCCAAAGCUAUUACAUAUGGAACAAUGAGUAGCCUUGUUGCCACUAUACUGUAGAGGUGAAAGGUCUCAGAUUGUCUGUUGUGGAAUAUAAAAUAGUAAUAUUUACUCUCUGGAUGUAGAUGUUUCUGUCCUAGACCAAAAAGUGAAAUAUGUGUUGGACAUUUUUUCAUCUUAAUCCCUUUCAAGAACAUGUCGCAGUUGCCAUGACUCAGUUCUUUGUGAAGGUCCUCGUAGGAUUUGUUUUUUUUCCUGAUUGACAUCUCAAUGAAAGUUGUUAAUGUAUGUAGAUGGUUGAUGAUGAGUUAAUGAUAUAACACUGGCAUGUGCUCCAACUACUGAUUGUGCUAUUCAAAAUAUUGAUAUGAACCUCAUAAAUAAACGAUGAAUAUUGUUGCAUUAAGAAAUUGCAUUGUGUAAAUGAAAGAGAAAUAUUUGGAGUUGUUUUAGACAGGCAGCUACGAUCCAGUGAUUGUUGUUUGGCGCUCUUCAGUUGAUGAGAUGAUGAUCAUUAUGGGCAUUAUCUCGAGUUGAGUCAGUUCAUUUAUAUAGACCAGAGUGACCGCUUUGUCCUAGAAGGCUAUAUAC